AUGGGGCGCGCGCCGUGCUGCGAGAAGAUGGGGCUGAAGAGGGGUCCGUGGACGCCCGAGGAGGACAGGGUCCUGGUGGCGCACAUCGAGCGCCACGGCCACAGCAACUGGCGCGCGCUGCCCAAGCAGGCGGGCCUGCUCCGCUGCGGCAAGAGCUGCCGCCUCCGCUGGAUCAACUACCUGCGCCCGGACAUCAAGCGCGGCAACUUCAGCCGGGAAGAGGAGGACGUCAUCAUCCAGCUCCACCAAAUGCUCGGCAACAGAUGGUCGGCAAUUGCUGCCAGGCUGCCGGGGAGGACGGACAACGAGAUCAAGAACGUCUGGCACACUCACCUCAAGAAGCGCCUAGAGCCUACUAAGCCAGCCAGCCAGGCGCCCAAGCGCAAGCCCAAGAAGCAGCAGCAGCAGCAGCCGGAGGCCGUGCCGACGACGCUCGAGGGCCCGACGACCGGUGCCGUAGUGCCGGUGUCGCCGGAGCAGUCAUUGUCCACGUCGACCACCAGCACCACCACUGACUACUCGGCGGCGGCCUCGUCGAUGGAGAACGCGGACAGCUUCACCUCGGAGGAGGAGGAGGACUACCAGAUUGACGACAGCUUCUGGUCCGAGACGCUGGCGAUGACGGUGGACAGCUCCAACGACUCCGGGAUGCAGGCAGAGGGCAGCACCUUCGGCGCGUCGUCGGCGGCGCCGUCGACCAACGAGGACGACAUGGACUUCUGGCUCAAGCUGUUCAUGCAGGCCAGCGACAUGCAGAAUUUGCCCCAGAUUUAG